AUGCGCUCUUCCUGUGUUCAUCGAGUUAUCAAGCUCCUUAAUUUUGCCAUUUUCACUUGGUGCGCAACAGCUCUGGGAGUAUCUCUUGAAAAGCGGUCGAUAGCAGGACCUGUUUUUUCUCAGAACUUUCCAGACCCAAGUGUCAUCUUCACCGACGCCUAUUACGCAUUUUCCACAACGAGCGCCGGUCUGAAUGUGCCUGUAGCGACAUCUCCGGAUUUCAAUACGUGGACUUAUCUCAGUCAUGAUGCACUUCCUACUGUAGGUGCUUGGACUAUUGCAAACACCAUUUGGGCUCCAGAUGUUGUCGCAGAUGGAGGAUAUGUGCUGUUUUAUGCCGGUGAGAGUGCAGCAAACCCGGGUUUCCAUUGCGUUGGAGUGGCGACAUCUAUCAACGUAGAAGGGCCAUACGCGCCCCAAACGGAGCCCCUCGUCUGUCCCAUUUCUACCGGAGGUGCAAUUGAUCCCGCGGGUUUCCAUGAUGUUAAUGGCGACUUUUAUCUGGUCUGGAAAGUAGACGGCAACAACAUCGGUCAUGGCGGAAGCUGCAACAAUGGUGUCGCUCCGAUUGUACCCACACCUAUUAUGAUUCAGCAAUUAACAGCCGAGGGAACUGCAUUCGCUGUUGGCUCUACCGCAACCGAAAUUCUUGACCGUGACGAUGACGACGGCCCCCUGAUUGAAGCUCCUUCACUCGCUCGCAGUUCAGAAGGCGUUUAUUUUUUGACUUUUUCCUCUAACUGCUAUAGUACAUCUUUAUAUGAUGUCUCGUAUGCAACUGCGACCAAUGUACUAGGGCCAUACACCAAACAACCGUGGUUGAUGAUCACUGGAACUCCCUUCGCGCAAUUGUACGCACCUGGUGGCGCAGAUAUUACCCCGGACGGUACUAAACUGGUGUUCCACGCUGACCUGGGUACUACUUCGGAUACCAGACAACUUUAUACCGCAGAAAUUACCCUUUCGGGAACUACUAUUUCAAUCUAG